GCUGCGCAUCCCGACGAUUUUUACAGCGCCGCUGCGUGCAUACAACUCCCGCGAGGCCAACCCCACCAUCAAGAGCCUGCUGCUUCGGUUGCGGCAUCACACCGUCAUUCUGCUCCUUGGAACCUCCGUUCAUCGAGCCCAUCGAAUCUACUUAACCGCUGCAUCUCUCCCCUAGACCGGAACCUCGCAGUUCAUCUUCAUUUUCGAUCAUGUGGGGCUGGUUUGGAGGCGGCGCUGCCGCUCAGAAGAAGAAGGAUUCGGCCAAGAAUGCCAUCCUUGCCUUGCGGUCGCAGCUUGACAUGCUGCAGAAGCGAGAGCGGCACAUCCAGAACCAGAUAGAGGAGCAGGAAGGAAUCGCCAGGAAGAACGUCAACACAAACAAGACAGUGGCCAAGGGUGCCCUGCGGCGCAAGAAGAUGGCAGAGGGCACGCUGGAUAAGACGAUUGCGCAGAUCGCAACGCUCGAACAACAGAUCAACGCGAUGGAAUCAGCAAACAUCAACCGCGAAACCUUGGCAGUGUUGGAGAAGUCAUCAGACGCCAUCAAGAAUAUCCACCAAGGCCUGACACCGGAGAAGGUGGAUGCAAUCAUGGAUAAAAUCAACGAACAGAAUGCGCUCAGCGAAGAAAUUGUCAAUGCGAUUACAGCAAACACGAUUGGCGAUGCGAUUGACGAUGAGGAUUUGGAGGCUGAAUUGGAGGGCCUUCAACAAGAGCAGGUUGACGAGCAAAUGCUGAGCACAGGUACUGUGCCUACGACAGAUGCAGUCCACAAGUUGCCUACGCCAUCGCGUGCAGAGCCCAUAUCUAGUAAGAAAGUGGCCGUGGAGGAGGAUGACGAGGAAGCCGAGUUUCGGAAGCUGCAGGCCGAGAUGGCCAUGUGAGCUCUCUACCAUUGCACGUACACUUAUCGCAGCAUGAGCAUUCCGUGGAGCGGCUGAGAUUGGCGUGUAUUGAUACUGUGAAUACGGCCCCUUCACUUUAUCCCGCCCCUUGCAAUGAGCAAAUUUGUCGUGUAACACACACAGAUCUCAUCCACUGCACUUCUUUUUUCAUCUCCCUUUUAACCCAACUUGUGUUUCCCUGGCGUUGGCGUCUUUGAGGGUAUGUUUUUUUUUUUCUUCCUCUGGUGGUGGGCGGUCCCAAGACAAGUGAAGCGAAAUAUCCUUUUUUUCAAGGCCGUGCUGGCCUCACUACGGGGAUGACAUCCUAAGGCUUUCUUGUACAAGGGGAGAUGCUACCUCCAGGUAGUUGAAGUUUUGCCGAGUUGGUUUGGUAGAGAAUUAGAUGUCAACCCAAGGAUGGAAUCUAAAGAGAAUAAUAUUCUGUU